AUGGACAUCCUGGGCGACUUCAAGGCAGCAUCGGGGAACAAAAAGUACUUGGUCAUCGCUAUCGACUACUUCACCAAGUGGGUCGAGGCUAAGCCAUUGGCUAAAAUCACAGAGGCAAAAAUGAAGAAGUUCAUCCACGACAAAGUCAUCUACAGGUUCGAGGUACCAAAGAUCCUAGUCUCAGACAAUGGCAAACAGUUUGAUAACCCCAAGUUCAGGGCAUUUUGUCAGAGCUACAACAUCGACUAUCAGCCUAUCCCAGUAGCUUACCCACAAGCCAAUGGUCAGGUGGAGGUGACCAACAGAACAUUACUAGAAGGGGUCACGAAGAGGCUAAAGGGAGCUAAGGGGAAGUGGGUCGAGGAACUACCAAGUGUACUGUGGGCGUACUGGUCCACAGUCAGGACACCCACAGGGGAGAGCCCAUUCUGCCUGGCAUAUGGCAUGGAGGCACUGGCACCAGUCGAGGUCCUUGCUAUGUCCCAUCGAGUCCUACACUUCAACGAGCGCACCUAUGUCGACGGAUUACAGGCGAACCUGGACUUCAUCGAUGAAGUCUGGGAGAAAGCACUCCUAAGGAAUGUAGCCUACCAGCAACGAACCGCCAAAUACUACAACACCAGGGUUCGAGAGAGGCUGUUCCACCAAGGAGACCUGGUCCGGAGAAGGGCCAGUGCUUCCCAGCCAAGGAAAGAAGUGGUCGGCCAUAUUCCUCCAAUGGAUUCAGCUCAACUCAGGACCAAGACCAUUGCGGACAGAAGGAGGAAGAACGUCGCGAAGAAACGUCGAGGCGAGUCUUCCAAGGCACAGAAGGGCAAGGAUGCUCAGGAGGCCAUUCAGAGGCAUCGGGAGACUCAAAAGAAGCUCACUGCCGCCGAGGCUGAGGUGAAGGGCUUUAAGGUCGAGGUGACCAGGCAGAAGGAGAAAGUCAAGGCUCUGCAAGCUCAGCUGGAGAAGGCCAAGGAGGCAGGCCGGGCUGAUCUCUUGGCCGAGAUCAAGGCCGCCUAUCCCAAUCUCAAUCUCUCACGCUUUGGCGAUGAUGCGACCACUGUGGCUAAGGAGUUGGGAGAUGAGGAUGGCAUCGAGGUCACGCAGGCUCUGCUAAUCGAGGACCCUACGCAGGCCAAUCCCCUCGCCCUUGGCACUGAGCCCUGA